AUGUGUAGGGGAGGGAUAUAUAAUACCCGUACUGUACAUAUUGCAGACUCGGUGAGCGCGGACACGGACAGCGGGCCCGCGAGCUUCCUGGAGCUGAUGCUGCGCGGCGGCGAGUACUCGGCGCGGGAGCUGCGCGAGGAGGUGAUGGUGCUGGUGAUGGCCGGCUCCGACACCACCGCCCUCGGCGCCGCCUUCGCGCUGCUCAUGCUGGCCAAACACCCGCCAGUGCAGGACCGGCUGCGCCGAGAGUUGCGGGAGGUGGCGGGCGCCGGCGGCGGCGCGGUGUCGGCGGCGGCGCUGGCGCGGCUCGGGUACCUGGACGCCGUGGUGCGCGAGGCGCUGCGCCUCUACCCGCCCGUGCCCGUCACCGUGCGCGAGGUGCGCGACGACCUCGCCCUGCCGGGCGGGCUGGUGCUGCCGGCGGGCGUGGCGGUGCUGCUGAACACCUGGGCGACGCACCGCAGCGCCGCGCACUGGGGCGCCGACGCCGACGCCUUCCGCCCCGAGCGCUUCCUGGAGGCGCCGCCGCGCCACCCCGCGCAGUUCAUGCCCUUCGGCUACUCCGCGAGGAACUGCCUCGGUUCCCAGUACGCGAUGCUGGCGAUGAAGACGGUGCUGGCGCGCUCGCUGCUGCACCUGCGCGUGUUGCGGCCGACCGGCGCGCCCGCCGCCUCCGGCUACACCGCCGCCUCCGGCUGCACCGCCGCCUCCGGCUACACCGCCGACGACGCCGACGCGCCGCUGCGAGUCAAGUUCGACAUCGCCAUGAAGCACGUUGACAACUACAUGGUGCGAGUGGAACUCGUGGACUAG